GUCUAGUUGGUUCAUUUUGGGCCGGGAAGGGUUGGUUUGAGUAGCUGCUGCGGGCGGCAGCCAUGCGGCGUGACGUGCGCAUCUUGCUGCUAGGCGAGGCCCAGGUCGGGAAGACUUCUCUGAUCCUGUCGCUGGUCGGCGAGGAGUUUCCCGAGGAGGUUCCUGCCCGCGCGGAGGAGAUAACCAUCCCAGCCGAUGUCACCCCGGAGAAGGUGCCCACCCACAUCGUGGAUUACUCAGAAGCGGAGCAGACAGAGGAGGAACUUCAGGAGGAGAUCCACAAGGCCAAUGUAGUGUGUGUGGUGUACGAUGUGUCUGAGGAAGCCACCAUUGAAAAGAUACGAACCAAGUGGAUCCCCCUGGUGAAUGGCAGGACUGCAACAGGGCCCAGGUUGCCCAUCAUCCUGGUAGGCAAUAAGUCAGACCUGCGACCAGGGAGUACCAUGGAAGCUGUACUACCCAUCAUGAGCCAGUUUCCUGAGAUAGAGACCUGUGUAGAGUGUUCAGCCAAGCACUUGAGGAAUAUCUCAGAACUGUUCUACUAUGCCCAGAAGGCUGUUUUGCAUCCCACGGCCCCGCUUUAUGACCCUGAGGCCAAACAGCUAAGACCUGCGUGCGCCCAGGCUCUCACACGCAUCUUCAAGCUCUCAGAUCAGGACCUAGACCAGGCACUCAGCGAUGAGGAGCUCAAUGCCUUCCAGAAGUCCUGCUUUGGCCAUCCCCUGGCCCCACAGGCCCUAGAUGAUGUGAAAAGGGUGGUAUGCAAGAAUGUGGCAGGUGGUGUACAGGACAACCAGCUGACCCUGGAAGGCUUCCUCUUCUUGAACACGCUCUUCAUCCAACGUGGCCGUCAUGAGACCACGUGGACUAUCCUACGGCGCUUUGGUUACAGUGACUCACUGGAGCUGACGUCUGACUACCUCUGCCCACCGCUCCAUGUGCCCCCUGGCUGCAGCACAGAGCUCAACCACCGUGGCUACCAGUUUGUGCAGCGGGUAUUUGAGAAGCAUGACCAGGACCAUGAUGGUGCCCUCUCAUCCACGGAGCUACAGAAUCUCUUCAGUGUGUUCUCAGUGGCUCCCUGGGGCCGAGAACUCUCAUACACAGUCCCCACUCAGGCUGGCCAGCUGACCUUACAUGGCUAUCUCUGCCAGUGGACCCUGGUGACCUACCUAGAUGUCCAGCAAUGCCUUGCACACCUUGGCUACCUGGGUUACCCCACCCUCUGUGAGCAGGACUCCCAAGCACAGGCCAUCACAGUUACCCGUGAAAAGAGGCUAGACCAGGAGAAAGGGCAGACGCAGCGCAAUGUUCUUAUGUGUAAGGUGUUGGGAGCCCGAGGAGUGGGCAAGUCAGCCUUCUUACAAGCCUUCCUUGGCUACAGUCUGAAGGAGGCCAGAGAACUCCCUGAGGGACACCCCAUGCACACCAUCAAUACAGUGAGGGUCAGUGGACAAGAGAAGUACCUGAUUUUGUGUGAAGUGAGCGCUGAGAGCCUGCUGGACACCUCUUUGGACACUACCUGUGAUGUCGCUUGCUUAAUGUUUGAUAGCAGUGACCCCAAGACCUUUGUACACUGUGCCACCAUAUACAAGGCAAGUUCUGACCUAGGGUCCUAUAAGGGGAACCCAGCCAUAAGCUAGCUAAAUAGGCCAACAAGCUCAGUUCUCAUGUUUCUUUCCUGGCAGCACCAUUACAUGGACGGGCAAACCCCCUGCCUCUUUAUCUCCUCCAAAGCUGAUCUCCCUGAAGGUGUUGCCGAGCCAGGCCUGUCACCAGCUGAAUUCUGCCGCAGACACCGGCUGCCUGCCCCCACCUCAUUCUCCUGCUUGGGACCAGCACAGCCCAGCACAGCUGUCUUUACCCAACUUGCUACCAUGGCCACCUUCCCGUGGACACCUGAUGCACACAGAGCUACACCCCCCCUCCUUUUGGCUCCGAGGAAUGCUGGUGGCUGUCGGAACUGCAGUGGCUGCUGUCCUUAGCUUCUCACUAUACAGGGUCCUUGUGAAGAGCCGAUGAUGAAGGACCCAUGAGCCUCUCCUAAUCAAGGCACAGCACACUGCUGCCUUGUGGGGGCCCACGUGGCAGAGGAGUAUGGACUCUCAGCUUGGUGUGUAAUAGCUAUGUGGCUACAGGGUCCCCAGGGCUGAUGUGGGGUACCUGCUCAGGGACUUCAUUUCUAAACCUUGGCUUCAAAAACCUAUUGCUCCAUAACAGGGCUGUAUUUUGCCCUGUCCUGCUAAGCCUGAGGGUACAGGUGGCAGGUGUGAGGCCUUAGCCUUGGAGGGAAUAUUGUGUUUUAGGGGCUCAGUUGUGGGUAAGGAAGCCAGGGACUGGGACCAGGAGUUCUCAGGGUGCUUCCUGGUUCAGUAUGGCCAGUAGGCAUGUGGGGGCAAGAGAUGGUGGUCAAAUCGAGGAGGGACCUGAUAGUCACAUAGUUCUCACCUUUCUGUAUAGUGUGGAGCUUUACCCACACAGUACCAGCUGCUGAGAAAGUGGAAUUGGGUUUCCUGAUUAAACUUCACUUUUCCAUAUCUUGGA